GAUCGAAACCACUGGCCACCUCGACCUCGAUGACAGGGGCAACUACGACUUUCAUGGACAUUCAUCUGGAUCCGUCUUUUUCAAGAGGAUGAAAGAACAUUUCCGUGGUCUCCUUGGUAGAGAUUAUCAGACCCCAGUCAAGCUUUCGAGCACCGCCAAGUCGUCAUACGCCCCCUCCCGAUUUUCCCCCAAAGGAGAGAGCGCUUGCAUUGUGUUCCGAAUCGCUUAAUAAUGCGACAUGUCUUCUACGGAUUGUCCAUAUUCCUUCUUUUUAUAAGAUGCUGGACGACCUGUAUGAGAAGCCGACAAGCACGGCUGGGACGGAAAAUAAAAGAAACCUGGCGUUGGCAUACUCCGUCAUGGCCCUCGGUUGCAUGUAUACCAUGCCUGAAAACGAUAAUUCUGAAGCGCCACCGUACAAGGUCGCAAUGGAUGAAGCGAUCAAAUAUUAUAGCGCUGCAAGAGCUAUUUUACAAGACAUAACGGAGUGUCGAGACCUCAUCUCACUUCAAGCUCUCCUUUUUAUGAUAUUGUUUAUCCAGUCGAUAUCGAAUCUAAGCACCUGUUACGGGUUUGUGGGGAUUGCCUUACGAUCCGCGCUAAGGAUGGGCUUACACCGACACCUACCUCACAUUAAACUAAACCCGAUAGAGGCCGAAACGAGACGAAGAGUUUUCUAUAUAUGUAGGCAGAUGGACACAUAUGUCUCUGCACUAUUGGGAUUCCCGCUACUUUUGAACGACGAGGACAUCGAUCAGCCUUUGCCGACCCCUGUGGACGAUGAAUACAUCACGAAGGACAAAAUACUGAUCCCGCCACCAGGGACCCCGUCCUUCCUCGAAGCGUUUAAUGCACACGUGAGACUGAUGGACAUUCUCGGCAAAGUUGUUAAAAAUAUAUACCCGCUGAAAGGCAUGGAACAGAGCGAUGCUGAAGGUGCUGGGCAGCCUUACACAUCCUAUAUAAUCAGCUAUGGGAAAAUAAAAGAAAUCGAAAAUGAGCUUCAAAAGUGGAAUGAGGACUUGCCGGAUGCUUGGCGGCCCAACCCUAUAGGCGCUGUUGAAGUAGUUCGGGUGCGUAACUUGCUAAGGUUCACUUACGCUCAUAUCCAAAUGGUGCUAUACAGACCGUUCCUUCAUUACGUUUCUCCGCGCAUCACGGCCGGUAAGGAUGUAAAUGAACGUGCCUACGCCUGCGGAGCCGCUGGUAUUAGCGUCGCGCGAAACAUUGUACACAUUGGGUCGGAAAUGAGAAAACAAGUUUCUCUCGUUGGUCCAUAUUGGUUCACUCUUUUUACGGAAUUCUUUGCUAUCAUAACGCUAGUCUUUUUCGUGCUGGAGAAUAAGGAUAAGCAGGGAUCCAUGGAUAUUUUUGCGGAUGCUGUAGCUGGGAAAGAGGUUAUUGAAAAGCUUUCAAGAAAGAGCAUGGUUGCGGAUCGCAUAUCACAGUCUCUAGCCAUUCUCUUUGACCAAUUGCCGGAUAACCUUAAGGAGGCGCAUGCUGCAAUCUCGCUGAAACGUCCUGCAUCAGAAGCACAGGAUAAUACGUCGAUGCCACUUCCAUCGCACUCGAACGAUUCGAUACAUCAUAUUCCAGAGAGACUCAGUCAGUCUCAAGGGAAAUCAUCGAAGAAGGCCGAAAUGACUCCGGUUGGGCUCGCUCCGCAACUAGGCCCCAUUGACAGCUCUUCCCUACUACAGCCAGAAUUCGGGAACUCGUUUGCGUCGGAUUUUCAAUUCUCGCCGCUAGAUUUAUCUAUACCAUCCCCGGAUUCUGCGACGGCUGCCGCGCUGCAUGAGCCUAGUCCUCUAGAUUUGCAACAUCAGGGGUUCGGGGCGAGUAACCCAAUCCAUCAGCUAGAUGCGGUGAUGUUUCCCUCGGAUGACCCCUUAGAUUAUCCCAACCAGCCUCAGCUUGAUUUCAACGCUCAUCAAUCGGGUAUACCAAACGGCAGUCCGAAUCUUUCACACCACGGUCAUGCGCCGUUCUAUGUACCGAAUUUUUAUGACGGUAUCGAGGGGCAACUUAUGGGACCACUACCACCGUAUUUGAUGCAGUCACAAGCUCAACCGGGCUUUAAUUUCCCAGCACAAAUGUAUUCCGAUCCAAUGUUGUUACAAAUGCACACCCUAGACCACCGACAUUCGCCCCAUUCCCAACUCCAAGCAGACCAUUCACAGUCCAUGCGGCGACGGGGUCAACAACCGGGGGAGAUGGAAGAGUUACUAGGUAGUGCGUCGUGGCAGCCAUUUUCCUAACAUGGAAUGGACUAGGUUUAUGAGUAGAAAAAGGAUACCCCCCUGCAUAAUUGCGACAUCCGCGGAUGUUUUCUUAGAUAAUGGAAGGGACUGGAGUUUGGCGUAGGUAAUCAAAACAUUGAUGAUUGACGCUGAAUAUGGCCAGUCAUACACUGCGGUUGAUGAGUUUUCGUACUAUGGACGUCACCCGAGAUAUAUAAACCUUAUAUAAAACCCUGCUGGAGUCUUACACCCUCGAGGAAGACAAUGGGCAGGAUCUCUAGAGACGCGACUGGAGAGCAUCUCGUGGUGGAUGAUGCUCAAUGAUGUAUAUAUAAUUAAAUCGAACCAGGCACGUAACUUGGCAUCUUCGCUAAUUACGGGCCACCCUAUAAAAAUUCAGCCUUAAAGAACAUUUAUUGGUGAUUAAUAGUCAGCCCGU